GCUCCUUUGCGCGCCCCCUACCGCGUCCCUCUUCCGCCCCGUUCGCCCCGGGCUUGCUGGGAACUAGAGUGAUCUCCCUCCAUGACGCCCGCCUCCCAUUUUCCACAGGUUUCGCGAGAUUUGCACCGGCGGGGUCGGGCUGGUGUGUGGCAAUAUUUCCUCGACUUGUCAACCGAACUUACCGACACCCGACAUGAAAACGGCUUAAAGUAACCUUGACAUCUCCGGAGGCAUGUCCAAGAAAAGGAGCAGGAAGCGGAGCAGCGGGGAGCUGAGCGAGGCGGCGGCGCCGGACCCCGGCUGCAUCCUGGGCGUGCGCAUCCAGCACAACUGGCGCGAGAGGGGCAACCAGAGCAAGUGGAAGGGGACGGUCCUGGACCGGCUGAGUGUCAACCCCGCGCUCUUCAUGGUGAAGUACGACGGCUUCGACUGCGUCUACGGCAUCGAGCUGUUCAAAGACGAGCGGGUGUCCAACCUGCAGGUCCUGUCGGAGAAAGUGGUCAACAACAAAAUCAAGAUCCCGCCCGGGGCGGAGGAGCUGGUGGGCAAAGCCGUGGAGCAUCUGUUCGAAAAGGAGGACGGCGAGAAGAACGAGUGGCGGGGCAUGGUCCUCUCCAGAGCGCCGGUCAUGACCAACUGGUACUACAUCACUUACGAAAAGGACCCCGUUCUGUACAUGUACCAGCUGUGGGACGACUACGCAGACGGAGACCUCAGGAUUCUGCCUGAAGCAGAAAACAAGCACCUGCUGCCCGCCGACAGGAAGCCGGGGGAGGAGACGGAGAGCCUGGUGGGGAAGCAGGUGGAGUACGUCACCGACAAGGGCGUGAAGAGGACGGGCCUGGUCAUCUACCAGGUGCCGGCCAAGCCCUCCGUCUACUACAUCAAAUACGACGAUGACUUUCAUAUCCACGUCUACGACCUGGUCAAAACCACCUAGUGGACGCCCCCCCCCCCCCCAGAGCCCGGUGGCGCCACCUGUUGUUGUCCAGGUGUGCGCGCGGCUUCCCCCCCCCCGUUUCCCGUUGGUAUGCACAGCCGAACUGUAGCACCGCUCUGCCCGGCUCCAGCUUUUAUUUUUAUUUUUAGCCUUGCUGCCCUCCUCCUUACAUAAGCCCGCGCAGCUGUUUACCGCCUUUGUUACCAUUGAUAAGUGAUAAGCGAACGGAGCGGUCCUCUGAAUUCAAUCUCAGUGACCACGUAAGCUGGGCCAAAAGCUCGCCGGGAGCUUUUCUUAGGAUUUUUGAUAUACCGAAUAAGCUCGAUAAGCCUCGCAGCGCAGAUGUUUUCUGUUUAAGUCUUUUCCGGUCGAGUUCAGGAAGGAGGAAAUGGAAGCAGCAAAACCACCUUCACGGGGCACUUUUCCUGUCGGACGCCAGUGUCCUCCUGCAUCUUUGCACCACAUUGACCGCUCUACCGUUCACAGCCUGUGAGCGGCCUACACAUCACACACACCCCGCACGCCCCGCUUCCCUCCCCAGGAAACCUUUACGCUCCCAGUCCCAGUCCUAGUCCCAGUCCCAGUCCCAGUC